GAGUACGGGCAGACUUCGGAGAAAGGCCUCAACAUCUUCGUGCUGAAUACGCACGAGGCCAUAGCGCAGCUUCCCUUCACACUGAUUUUGGUGCCUCUGAAUGUUGCCUUUGGCCAAACCAACGGCCAGAGCCUCUUCGAGUACCUGAAGGAGGCCACCGGCUGCGUUUUCCAAUCCACCCCCGACGUCUGCGGAAGCGAAAGCUCGCAUGCGGAGUGGGCGGGAAAGCUGACGCUGGUGUAUGUGGUCUUCAACCUCUGCAUGAAUGUCACAACCUUGAUGGCUGUGAAGUAUGGUAGCGCACUGGGUACCUUCGUGGCUCUCAAAGCCAUCUUCCCUGUCUCGAUGGUGCUCUUUGCCUACGUGCAGUGGCCUCUGCUGGGCAAGACAGACAUCCAUUGGCUAACCUGGAUGUCGGUCCUGGUCCUGCUGCCGUCCAUCGGAGUUUACCAAUGGGCCACCAUCCAGCAGAACAAGCGGGCUGCGAUUCACCCAUCUCUGGCAUCGUGCUGCUGGCCUUUCGGGGCUGCUCGUGCAGCCUAG